GGCACCUGUUUAGGCGUAUAUUUAUAUUUAUUUGAUUCGUCCUUGAGUAAUUUAUUUUUGUGAAGGACCAAAAAUUUAGUGAAUUUUAAUGUCUUAACCGUCGGAAGUGAAAUCGAAAUUCUUUGAAAUUUCCAACUAAUUAGAUACCACUGAAUGCAAUCCAGAAGAAUUGAAUACGAGGGACAAUGUUAUAGGAUAGAACAAAUUGAAACAAAUAAUCAUGACCAAGAAUAAUAAGUAACUUCAGUGCUAACAGAAAAAUGAAACAGGCUAACAGUGGACCCUUAUUACAGUCUGAAGACAUGCCUGAAGCAGAAUCUUCCAGUUCCUUAGAACAGGGUAAAUCUAAAAAGAUUUCAACUAGUUCUUUAGGAGGAGAUAUAGCAAGACCCAAAGUUGUAACUGUUAAACACCCUGAAUCAAAUAAGCUCAAACCAACGGCAAAGAAAAACAAACAACCUAUACAAGCCAACCUAGAUGUAUCUAAAGAAUUUUUGAGGUGCAGAGAUGAAGGUUUGAAACGUUUGGAUUUGAGUAAGUCAAAUAUAACUUACCUUCCACCUACUGUUCGAGAUUUACAUCAUCUGUCCGAACUUUACUUGUAUGGAAACAAACUUGUGUGUUUACCUCCUGAGAUUGGUUGUUUGACCAGUCUUCAAACUCUCGCUUUGAGUGAGAAUUCACUUACUAGUCUACCUGAUCCCCUGGAGAAUCUGCGUUCCCUGAAAGUUUUAGACCUGAGGCAUAAUAAAUUGAACGAUAUACCUGAAGUUGUAUAUAAACUGACAUCAUUAACAACAUUAUUUUUACGAUUCAACCGAAUACGAUAUGUCGGUGAAGAAAUAAAAAAUUUAACCUCAUUAACAAUGCUGAGUUUAAGAGAGAAUAAAAUUAAAGAAUUACCUGCAGGCAUUGGAAAACUAGUCAACUUAUUAACUUUUGAUGUGUCUCAUAACCAUCUUGAGCACCUCCCAGUGGAAAUUGGUCAUUGUGUUGAUCUUUCAACAUUAGACUUGCAACAUAAUGAAUUACUGGAUAUACCGGACUCAAUUGGUAACCUUCAGCAAUUGACUAGACUAGGUUUGAGGUAUAACAGACUCACUCAAAUACCUCCAACACUUAGUAAUUGCAAACAUAUGGACGAAUUUAAUGUUGAAGGCAAUGCCAUAUCUCAACUUCCUGAGGGCCUGUUAUCAAGUUUGAGCGAAUUGACCAGCAUUACUCUUUCGAGAAAUAAUUUCUCUGCAUACCCUUCAGGGGGACCAUCACAGUUUACUAAUGUGGACUCUAUCAACUUGGAACAUAAUCAAAUUGACAAAAUUCCUUAUGGUAUUUUCUCUAGAGCAAAAAAUUUGACAAAACUCAAUAUGAAGGAGAAUCAACUGACUUCAUUACCAUUGGAUGUUGGAGCGUGGACAAAUAUGGUGGAAUUAAAUCUAGGAACUAAUCAGUUGGGAAAACUCCCAGAUGAUAUUCAGUCCUUACAAAGUCUAGAGGUGUUGGUUCUUUCAAACAACCUUUUAAGAAGAAUUCCUCCUAGUAUUGGCAAUUUGAGAAAGCUUCGAGUCCUAGAUCUGGAAGAAAACCGUCUUGAACAGCUUCCCAAUGAGGUUGGCUUCUUAAGAGAAUUGCAAAGGCUCAUAGUUCAAUCCAAUCAGCUGACGAAUUUACCUCGAGCUAUUGGCCACCUAACAAAUCUUGUAUAUUUAAGCAUUGGUGAGAAUAACUUGGCAUAUUUACCAGAAGAAAUUGGAACUCUGGAGAACUUAGAGUCCUUGUAUAUUAAUGAUAAUCCCACCCUUCAUAACCUUCCUUUUGAACUAGCACUCUGUUCUAAUCUUCAAAUUAUGAGCAUUGAAAAUUGUCCAUUGUCACAAAUUCCUACAGAAAUUGUAGCAGGAGGCCCAUCUCUUGUUAUUCAGUAUUUGAAAAUGCAAGGACCUUAUAGAGCCAUGUGAUGAAAAAAGUAAUUUUUUAUUUAAUUUUUUCAAGAAUUUGCACUGUGAUUCAACAGAACUGUAAUGUAAAAGGAUUUUUUUACAUUUAUUGCUUUAAUUUGGAUUUUCAGAAUACUAGCUUCCAAUAGACUGACUAAAAAAUUGAAUAAUCAAAGUAUAUAUUUUUCUUUUUAUAAAUCACUCCUGGUGAUUAGGUAUUUGAAUGAGAUGAGAGAAAAAAAGAGACAUGAUAUUUUUCAUUGAAACGUUUGAUUUUAAUUAAUUGCCUUAGUAUGAUCAAUGUAUUUAUAGCCAUGCGAACAAAAUGUUAUUUGAUGGCUUAUUGGUGAAUGUUUUGAUAGUUACAUAAAUAUUAAAAUCAUAAAGUAAGAGAA